UUAAAACGCAGGAGCGAGAGCGCGCUCGAGCCGGAAUCGGACAAAGAGGCGCUGCGGGGAUUGCAGGUUGGGCAAGGGAGGCUCUCCGGGCUCGGCGCCAGACCCUCGGCUUUCUCAUGGCCGCCUUCCAGCGCGGGCGGCUGCUGCUGCUUCUGGCGCUCUUGCAAGCAAUGCCUUCACUUGCUGAGAUCUGUUCUGACCACAGCCUCCAAGACUGUUCUCAGCAGGGUGCCAGUUGGACAAGCUUGUGGUAUGUCUGGCUUAUCCUGCUCACCGUGUUCUUGUUGCUCAUGUGUGGCAUUGGUGCCAGCUGUGUGAAGUUCUGUUGCCGCAAGAAGAGGCCCCCUGUGCAGACUUUCCCACCGCAAGCCCAUGAUCUCACUGCUAUCCCCAUUGAUCAUGACAGCACAGCCCACAGCACAGUCACAUCAUACAGCUCCGUACAGUAUCCUCAGAGCAUCUCACUUCCUAUGUCCUUUAGGGAGAUGGACAGAAAUCUUGUGAAUCCUCCAGCAUACAGCCUCUACGCCAUAGACUUGCCGCCAUCUUACGAUGAGGCCAUCAAGAUGGCAAAGCCCUGCAUCGAAACUCCAUUUGUAGGCCAGAAAUUUGGCGAGAACACCUCCCAAUCCGUAGUCCAGGAAGAACAAAACCAACCCCAAACAUCGCCUGAGAUGUCAAACAGCAGCCCUGAGAUAGUACAACCAGGUUCACAGCUUCCAGAAGCUUCCACACAAGAGCAACCGGAACUUUAGUCUCUCAUUGUGGGGCCAGAAGAGAGUGAGUUGUUGUGUCAACAGCAUUAGAAGUGUGGCUGUGUGUACUUGGUUAACCUGAAGAGAGAGCCAGUUGUUUGGCUCAUAGCAGUGAACUAUUAUGUGGGAGAGUUUUUUGCCAUGGCCUUUGAUAACCGCCUGUUGCCACUUCAAGGGUGCCAAGUGAAAUGUUGUGACAGCUGGUUUAAAAAUACCCUCUGCGGGUGAGAGAUGGUUUGUGUCAAUCUCCUCAAGGCACAAUGUAAGGGGGGGAAAUGCUGUUUUCUUUCAUGGGUGUUGGGUAGAGAGAGAACUGCUUCAUGAGAACUGUCUGAGAGGAACAGCACAAAAUGGCUACCGGCUGGCCCUAAACCAGAACUGAAAGGGGACCGUUUUCCCUCACAGCGGGGUUUAAAAAACAGAAGUUCAAAUCCACAUCUCCUUCUUCUGAGAAGACUGAACUGUCCAGCACAUUGCUGAAGUACUUGAAUUCGUUGCUAUGUAACGGCAAACUGCCUUGGACUUGAAAGAAAAUAACAGCUGGAAUUGGAUAGGUGUGUUAGAUAAAAUAUUUGAGGGAAGAAAUCUAGCAGUGCCCUAGUGAGCAUGUCUGCUUUGUUGUAUUGAUUUGUUUUUUGAAUAAUAAAACAUGCUUUUUUCU